ACGUUCUCCCAUCCCGAUCAGGACCGACUCCCGCGUGCCUGGCAGUGCAACGAAUCAUUGGAGGACUCUAGGAUCUUUAUAUCUUAGGCCAGUCCCUGCGUUGCUGAUCUCCCACCUAGCAAAGAUUCAACAUGGCCGUACCAACACUCCGCAUUUUGAUCGAUGGUGACAGUGACAGAGUGUAUCGCCGAGGCGACAAGGUGACUGGAAGAGUGGCAUUCGUUACAGAAGAGCAGGAGCACAUUGAAUCUUUCAAACUCAUAUUCGCUGGCAGUUGCGUAACGAAAACGACACGGCGAGCCCACGACUCAAAUGCGAGGAACGACUUCGAGGAGAGAAUACGCUUCUUUACCCACGAGCGAGAGGUGGUGCCUCGCUCAACUCUCAGUCCAAACAAAUACUCAUGGUCGUUUGAGUUCACAUUUCCGGAAACGACACAACAAUCGUACAAACGACUCUCACGUGGUGCUCAUUACCUGCGAGAGCCACAUCCACUGCCGCCCUCGUUCCAGCUCAAAACCAGCAUGCCUGGGGGUGCGGCCCAGAUAUCGUACUUUAUCCAAGCACGACUCGUCAUGAGUGGGUCGAAAGAUGUACGGAAAGUGAAGCAACUCUUAGCAUAUCGACCAACCUCACGUGAGAACCUGCCCCGGCAACCCAGUCUCACCACCGGCAUCCUUUACGGCCAGGCAUGGAAGCCUUCUAGAAAAAGCGACCCUCGUUCAACCGUUGAUAAAGUCUUGCGACGGUCAGAGAGAUUACCAAGCAUUAUUCCUACCAUCUUCUACCCAGAAAAGAUUGCUCCGGGACAGCACAUUCCAAUUUCGAUAUCAUUACUCAACACCCGAGACCGAAUGAACGAGGCACAGGCAAAUUGCACGAUCGACUCUCUCUGCGUUACAAUUUCCACAUACUCGACAACCAUGUGCGGCCACACGCUGACUCAGCCCGAAGACAUUGUAUCCAAGCAUGUCAAGUGCAUCACAAGAGCCAACAUGGACAUAGCUGCCCCGUUCAACAAAACACGUGCAUUGACCUCCAACUUCCGCCUCGUCAACGAUGCAGAAUGCGUGCCCACCUUCAAAACCUACACCAUCACGCGCCGCUAUAUGCUAGGCGUGGUCGUGGGUCUCAAAUUCGGCGGCCAGCACUUCACCGUGCGCCACAGCGCGCCACUCGAGAUCCUCCCCCGCCCGAUCCGCUCUUCAACACAGCUGCUCUCGGAAGAAGACGAGGAAGCAGAGCCGCUCCCCAUGUACACCCCGAGGGAGCCUUCGAGAGAGUUCGCUCCGGACUAUGAGAGUAUUUAUGCGCUGUCGAGAUCCUCUUCUACGGAGGGUUCGCUCGCGAGAUGGUCGACAGUGGGCUCGAGUAACGCGUCAGCUCGUUCGAGGGCUUCAUCGGGCAGCUCCACGCCGGCGUUGGAGCCGUCUACACCAGCUUCAGAGGUCGAUGAGCCCAUGUACAGAACCCAGAGUGUUUCAGUGGGAUGAAACGCGUAUGGAUUAGACAAACUAGAAACCGGCAUUUAGACGAUGUGUGUUCGAUGUCGCCAUAG